CACAACAAACAGGACGAACGAGUUCAGGCUUUCAGAAAACGAGAGUUCUCCUGACGGGGACCAUGUCUGCUCCAAGCUGAAACCCGCUGUGCUCCAAACAUGAACUCGUCUUUCGACGCGAACCAAAGCGGCUCCUCCUUGUUCUGCCUGCUGGGAGCCGUGGACUUCUCCCGGAGCCUGAACACCUGCGUGCUGGAGGUGGCCGUCAUCCUCUUCCUGGCCGCGCUCAUCAUCGCCGGGAACCUGGUGGUGAUCCUCGUCUUCCACUGCGCGCCGCUGCUGCACCACCACACCACCAGCCGCUUCAUCCAGACCAUGGCGUACGCCGACCUGCUGGUGGGCGUCAGCUGCCUGGUGCCCUCGCUGUCCCUGCUGCGCCUGCUGCGCGGCCUGGACGAGGAGCUCACAUGCAAGAUGUUCGGCUACGUCAUCUCCGUGCUGAAGAGCGUCUCCAUGGCGUCGCUGGCGUGCAUCAGCGUGGACCGCUACAUCGCCGUCACCCGCCCGCUGUCGUACGGCACGCUGGUGACGCCGUGCCGGCUGAGGGCGUGCAUCGUCCUCGUCUGGGUGUACUCGGCCCUCGUCUUCCUGCCGUCGUUCUUCAGCUGGGGGAAGCCGGGCUACCACGGGGACAUCUUUCAGUGGUGCGCCGACUCGUGGAGCACCAACUCCAGGUUCAGCACCUUCAUCGUGGUGGCGCUGUACGCGCCGGCGGCGUUCACCGUCUGCUACACCUACGGGAAUAUAUUCUGGAUCUGCCGCCAGCACGACAAGGAGAUCACCCAGCGCCACGCUCGCUUCAGCGCCACGGGCGACCAUGGCGAGCGCUGCGACGGCUGCACGGACCGACGCUACGCCAUGGUGCUGUUCCGCAUCACCAGCGUCUUCUACGUGCUCUGGAUGCCCUACAUCCUCUACUUCCUGCUGGAGAGCGCCCGGCUCUACCAGCACGCCACGGCGUCCUUCCUCACCACGUGGCUGGCCAUCAGCAACAGCUUCUGCAACUGCCUCAUCUACAGCCUGUCCAGCAGCGUCUUCCGGAAACGGCUCGGCAGCCUCUUCGACCCGCUGUUCCCGGCCUGCGCCGGCGCCAACAAGGCCCCGCCCCCUGCGGGCCUGCGACACAGUGCUCGGUGCCACGUGUGAGGCCCACAUUAGGUUCAGUCGGUUUGAACUUCAGAGGAAGAUGCAGGUUGAGCUGGUCCCUCAGUGCGAAACGUCUUCAGGACCCCUUGUGUGGCGCGCAGUGAGGUGCCCGCUCAAGUGCCUGCAGGAGUUUUAAAAGCUCCACGGUUCCUGCUGAGGCGUCUUUAGAUGCUGACAAGAGAAGCGUCUCAGCAACUAGAAAAAUAAUUUAGUGUUUUAAAGAAUAUUUAUGAACACUUUUGCACUUUUAAGAUGUUCAAAAUGAAAAAAA